AUGCUUGCAUUGGAAGGGUGUAUAGAUGACCUGAUGAUGCGAGCCUAGGAAGAUCAAUUACGACGUCAUCGAACUGGCCGAGACGGAAGGUGCCGCUCUCGAUAAUACCAUACGUCAUUUGGAAUGGGAAGUCUUGGGAGUGAUGUUCGAGGCCGUUACCUAAAUCACCCCCGCUUUGCAGACGACAUUUUGCUCGUAACACCGAACAUCGAGCAGGCAGAACGAAUGCUGGCCGAGUUUGGCAGUGCUUGCGGAAAGAUUGGCUUGAGACUAAACUUAACGAAGACGAUGUUCAUGAGAAACGGAUUGGUACCUAAUGCUCCCUUUACCUAA